AUGAAGCUCACUCCAGACGCCGAAAGAAUGUACACACAACUCCAGCAACAGUUUCGGGCACCGGGCGGAAAGGAUCCGGCGAUUGCUCAGCUGCUUCUUAAGCUCAAGCUCGCGCUUGCCCAAAGCUCAUUGUUGAUGCCGUCCCUCGCCGAUAAGAACGCGAUCGAUCCAGAAUCACUUGCCAAAGCGCGUGAUAUUCUCGAGAUCGGAGCCUUCUACUCAGUAAGAACUCAGGACAUCCCAGCGUUUGAGCGUUACAUCUCCCAACUAGGGUCGUACUAUAACGAUUACAGCUCACUGUUACCUGCCUCGCAACGGCGCUAUCCUCUCGUGGGUCUCGACUUACUAAGAUUACUAUCUCAAAACAAAAUCGCCCAGUUUCACACCGUUUUAGAAGGAUUAGUAAAAGAACACGGCCAAAAAAACAUCGAUAUUCUUCACACAAAUCAGUAUAUUUCUCAUCCAGUCAACUUGGAGCGAUGGUUGAUGGAGGGAAGUUACUCAAAGGUCUGGGGAGCCAGAUCACAAAUGCCGAUGGAGGAAUAUCGUUACUUCGUUGACCUGCUUGUCGAUACGAUUCGGAACGAGAUUGCUUCUUGUCAAGAGAAGGCUUAUAAUUCUCUCCCCCUGAACGAUGCGGGAACUCUGCUAUUUUUCAAGACCCCUGGAGAAGUAAUUGAGUUUGCACAGCAACGAAAAUGGUUUGUUGAUCCGCAAUCGCAAACCAUCCACUUCCCAGCCGAAAACAAUGCUACCAAACAUGAGCUGGCCAAAGAAAAGAUCAUUGAAACCACUCUUGGUUACGCCAAAGAACUAGAAACUAUUGUAUGA